AUGACACUCCAACUAAACCCGGAAGUUGAUGAGGAAGCGGUAGACAAAACAAGUGAAUUAUCGUGCUGGUCCGCGAUUAAAACCAGAGAUAUGGACGUUGUUGUUUCGCUCACAAGCUGAAAGUAUGUCACACUUUCUCAAAUCGCAUUAAUUUACUGCAUCGUUUUGUUACAUAACCGAGAAAUAGCAGAUUUAACGGUACGUAGGAAGCCAGAGCCUCAGGUAACGUCUAGCCUACGCCCAUGCGUUCAGAAUUGGCAGCAAUAUGUCGACUAAAGAGGGUGGGGGUGCCAAAGUUGGCUUGGCUUCCCCUGAAAAAAUGGCCUCGGACAAAGGCAGACAGAACCAGAACCAGCGUGGAGCCGAGGCGACGGGCAGCAAUGCCGACACCAGCAUAGCAGCAAAAAACCUGGCUCUGCUUAAGGCGCACUCCCUGGACGUGAAGUUUGACGUUGGAGAGGAGUACGACGUCAUAGAAACCAUCGGUACCGGGGCCUACGGUGUCGUUUCGUCUGCCAGAAGACGGGACAACGGCCAGCAGGUGGCAAUAAAGAAGAUCUCCAAUGCUUUUGAAAUGGUGACGAACGCUAAGCGGACGUUGCGAGAACUGAAGAUCCUGAAACACUUCAAGCAUGACAACAUUAUCGCCAUCAAAGACAUCCUCCAGCCGAACCUUCCUCACUCCGCCUUUAAGUCUGUAUACGUGGUGUUGGACCUUAUGGAGAGCGACCUGCACCAGAUCAUUCACUCUGCCCAGACACUAACUCCUGAGCACACCCGCUACUUCCUCUACCAGCUCCUCCGCGGCCUUAAGUACGUGCACUCUGCCAACGUCAUCCACCGUGACCUUAAACCCUCUAACCUGCUGGUGAACGAAAACUGUGAACUGAAAAUCGGGGACUUUGGCAUGGCGAGGGGUCUGAGCUCCCACCCCGAGGAGUCUUAUUCCUUCAUGACGGAGUACGUUGCAACGCGAUGGUACCGCGCCCCUGAGCUCCUGCUGUCUCUCAACCAUUACAGUUUGGCCAUUGACAUGUGGUCUGUGGGCUGCAUCUUUGCAGAGAUGUUGGGACGCAAGCAGCUUUUCCCCGGGAAGCAUUACCCGCACCAGCUCCAGCUCAUUCUCAGCGUGUUAGGCACUCCUCCUGAGAGUUUAAUCGCCGCCAUCAGGGCUGACAGGGUGCGCUCCUAUGUCCAGAGUCUCCCGUCUCGGACACCCGUGCCUCUGGCCAAACUGUACCCACAAGCCGAAGCCUCGGCUUUAGACCUCCUGCGGGGCAUGCUGCAGUUCGAUCCUCGGGAGCGCAUCAGCGUGACGGAGGCCCUGGACCAUCCGUACCUGUCCAAGUAUCACGACGCGGACGACGAGCCAACUUGCGUGCCAGCUUUUGACUUUGAGUUUGACAAGCUUCCGAUGAACAAAGAACAAAUUAAGGAGGCUAUUUUGAUGGAAAUUCAAGACUUUCACAAAAAGAAACUGAAUUCUCGUCCAAGACUGCAGUUCAGGCCGUUGCCGAGGAUCAACAGCGGAGCUGCAGAACAAAGCAGUAGCCAGCCAGCAACUGUCGACCUGACGAAGCAAACACUGGCCGCGAUGGCGCGGCACCUUGAAGCAAAACAGAUUCAGCAACAGCAAAUGAGAGAGAUCAAAUCCCAGCAACAACAAAACAACCCACCAGCAGAUGUGAACCAAGCAUUUACAAACCAGGCUGAGCUUGUCCCGCCCUGUGCGCCCCAUCAUUUGCCCCUCCUCAGUAAAAGCGAAAGCGGUCCAGUCGACGUGGACAUGCCCAGUGCCAACUCUGACAGCGGUCAGCCAGAGACGAUAGAUCUAACCACACCGGUGUCCGCUCAGGACUCUCAGUCAGAGUCGAUGAGAGAUGGCGAGGCUCAGGAGGGAGUACCGAACAUCCAGAGCCAGCCCACCUCCAAGCCCACUUCACAAGCACAAACCAUGACCCCGCUGCCAACCACCAUGUCUUCCCUGUCUCUGUCAGCAGCACAGGCCCAGUCUCUGUCUCAGUCUCUUUCACAGUCGCUGGCCAAGAAUGCAAGGCCUCCUCCACGUCCUGCAGAGGGAACCAGAAAGGAGGGCGCCAUUUCUGAAGAUACCAAAGCUGCCCUGAAAGCAGCUCUGUUAAAAUCAGCUCUGAGAAAUAAAGCCAGGGGUGAUGGAGGCGCCUCGGCGCUAGGCGUUGAUGGUGGCACCGGAGGAGGUUUGUCCUCUGCGCUGUCUUCGGUCCCCGAGUCGCGGCGGCCUGUCACGGCCCAGGAGCGGCAGCGAGAGAGGGAGGAGAAAAGGAGGAAGAGGCAGGAGCGAGCGCGGGAGAGGGAGAGAAAAAUGAAGGAGAAGGAAAGAAAAGAGAAAAAACAGGGGGAUUCGUUGGGCGGGGUCCUGCUGAGCGACGACGACAAAAGCCUCCUGCAGCGCUGGACUAAGAUGAUGGACAGCUGCAGCGAGAAAUCCCAGACUGCUAACAACGACGGAAAACCCAAGGAUUGUAGCCUGAGUUCCCAAAGAAUCAGUGAGAACAAUAAAACAAACUUGGAGGCGAGGAAAAUCCAGCCUCACGAGCAGCUAAUCUCUCAAGUGAAACCGUUUCAGCCUCCCACCGCCCAGCAGCUAGCGUUACCUUUCUCCAUGAGCCAGAGGAAGCCUCCAGGAGACGUAGGUGCUGCUGUGCGGGGAGGGAUGGACAUGAUGGCUGUCACCGGCGGAUAUGUUAAAAACGACGCACUCCAGCCUCACGCUGAGGCCAGCGGGGAAAGCGGAUUCAACGGCGUGGGGAGCUGGAGCGGCCAACGACUGGAGACCAGGCCAGCGCAGCAACCCAGCGGCACACCUCAGCCGGCGGCCGGCUUCCUUCAGCCGCAGCUCCAAGCACAGAGCCAAACUCAGGCCGACCCCAAACCUCAGGCACCCCUGCUGCCCCUGGAGAGCUUUUUGUCCAAAGCUCCUUCGGUAACCAUCAGACAGACCAAUGGAAACGCUGACGUCAGAGGUCUGAACAGCCUCAACUCAUUGACUGCGAGUACGGGCCUCCUGGAGAAGCUUUGCUCUUCUUUGGGUGAGAAAACGGCAGCACCUGGUGUAAACCAUCUCUGCGGGACUUUAGGGGUUCCCUCCCAGCCUCAUCCCAGCUUAGGAUUCACAGACACGGGCCAACAAGGACCCUCUAUUGCCCCUGACAUCCACACAGUAACGCUGCAGCUCUCAAAGUCCCAGGUAGAGGACAUUUUACCUCCUGUGUUCUCGGUCACCCCCAAAGGCAGCGGGGCGGGGUACGGGGUGGGCUUCGAUCUGGAUGACCUUUUCAACCAGCCUCUAACAGAGCUGCAGCACGGUGACCGGGACAGCUACGACUCGGCCCCCCUUUCCGCCUCGCUGUUAUCUGAUUGGAGCGAGGUCCACCGCAUGACCCCAGCUGACCUGGAGUCGCUGCAGCAGGAGUUGCAGCUCGGCUCGCCCAUGAUUCUCUCCGAUACCAUCCCCCAUGAUGCCUGAGCCAACCUCAAAGACACCUUGUGUUUUUGUUUUUAACAACCAAUAACUUGAGAAAGAUGUUUCGAGUCAUUCUUAUUUUAUUUUCCAUAGACAACGUAAAGAAAACAUUUCUUAAAUCGUGCUGCAUUCUGUAAUAAAAACAUUUUGGUACCACCUUUCUGCUGCUUUGGGUGCUACAUGUGAGAUUAGGAAUGAAACUGGACUUUAUUUUCCAUU